CCCUCAUCUCUGCCUUCAUACUGACCAUCCCAUAUAUAAGCCUCUCGUUCAACGGCCAUCACAAUUCAACUUGAUUCUAUACCAUCGGCAACAUUUUUUCUUUCCUUUUUCUUUACUUUCAUUCACUAAUAUAUUAAUUAGUCACCAUGAGAUCAAGGUGGCUUCUCCCCCUUUUAGCGGGAGCUAAUGUUCUCGCCCUGCCCGGGAAGAGAUAUUACCUCCAAAGCAAUGAUACCAUUGCUUCUAAUACCACAAGCUCCUCUCCGGCUGGUGUAUAUGUCAACAACGGGCAGACUACAUCCACAACGACCACCGCUCCGGCUGUCGUACUUACAGCAAGCACCGUCUCGACCACAUCUACUUCUACGGCUACCGCAACAUAUGAGUACCCGUCCGACAAACUUGGUCCCGUAGCUACUCUCUUGCCUGCUAUUCCUCAUGACCAUGAUGGAAGUGACAUUACCCACCUUACUCCUAAGGACUCCGGUUCUGGUUCUGCCAUGCAUUAUGCUCAAGAAAGCACCCCGGGUUCUGCCGGAAUCUACGCCGUUGCUGUUCCCCGAUGGACUGCCCCAUCCGUUGUUUUGGAUCACUCGUCUCUUGUCGUGAGCGUCAGUGUCACUGCAUCGGGAGAUCUUCUUAUCACAUUCAGUGACAAGUAUGCUCUUGAACACGCUUCCUCCACUUGGACUCACGAAACCAUCGUCUUCGUCACCUACACCGAAAAUUGUGGUGAUUAUGAACUUGGCCAACGCUGCUACUUCAGUGCCAACAUCGUCAUUUUCGACAUUGAGACUCUUACUGCCACCGCUACUGGUCAGGCUAAGGCUAUCGAAGAAUUAGUUACCGACGUGAACCUAGCAUGGGGAAGCUAUGGAAAGCAACCCGUCGCCUACGGCACAGCAAGUGCUUCUACGGCGAGCCCUUCUGCCACUGGCUCCGGCUCAGACUCCCCCUCAUCCACAUACUACUCUGUUUCCCCAUCGGCGACCACUACUUGUGUCCCACCAGUGGAUACCAAGUACGGCCUCCCCACUGCUUGCCUUGGUCCUUACUUCGAUGAUACUCUAGAUGAGGACCUUGGCUACCUAGAGGCGGGUAACUUCUCCUACGGUGCUCUCGUUGAGGGUAUCCUAUUUGACGAUGAGGAUGAGUACCAAAACCAGAAGCGAACGAUCCUCGGCAGCCUUUCCUCAGGAGCCUCCAAGCUCGCGAACGCUGCCAAGGAAAAGAUCAAGAGCGGUGCUGCUUCUGCCAAGAAUGCUGCUAAGAGUGCUAGCAAGAGUCUCGCAAAGGUUGCUACCACUGUGUACUCCGCUGGGAAGGCUGCUUAUGAGGUCGGCCGUAACAUUGUUACUGGUCAACCCAACAAGUUCGAGAAGGACUUCGACAAGCUCAUUCUCCCUAAGGCUGCUAAGGAGUGCAAUGAUGCCAAGACUGCCGACGAGAAGAAGAAGUUGGAGAAUGCCUGCAAACCUAAGGGUGGUGCCAAGAUCGUCGAGAGUCCUUGGGGUGACGCUAUCUUGAUCAAGACCAUCGGCUCGCUCCCGUCCUCCACUGACCUCCGACCCGCUGGAAGCAAGAAGCAGACUACUGUUACCAAGGGUAAUUUCAUCAGCUUCUACUGUGUCAAGUGCGGUCUUACCGGUUCAUUGAAGACUAACGGUAACAUCACCAUCGUCGUUACCAAAGGUAUUACUGAUGGUCACUUCGUUGCUGAUUUGAACCUUAACCUCGGUGUUGGUCUCGGUGUUCACGCCGAGUACUACCGUGAAGAUUCCUUCAGGAACAACCUCUACGAUAUCCCGAUCACCCCCUUCACCAUCGGCUUUGCUUCUAUCGGCCCCGUUUUAUCUAUCGGUACCGAGCUCAAGUUCAGCGUCAACAUGACUGGUAGCGCUCUUGCUCGUGCUGAUAUCAGCCUUGCCCGCGCUCAAUACCACUACGACUGGACUAAGGGUGGUGCUACAUCCACUGGUUUCACUCCUCAGUUCAAGCCCACUUUCGAAGCUGAAGGCCAAAUGGAACUUGCUGUCCAAUUCGGUGUCCCAGUCGGUCUAGAACUUGCCGUCACUACCUUCAACGGUUGCGAGAAGUGCAAGGGUGCCGUCGGUUUCGAGACCAUCCCGUCUAUCAAGGCUGCCGCAGCUGUCGCUGUUCAGGCCAGUUAUAACGCCACUGACAAGACCUGGGAUAGCGGCCUAAAGCCCCUUAACAACUGCUCUGGUAUUUCUACCACUCUCAGUGUUAAGAACGAUCUCAACGCUUUCUACAAUGGUUUCGGCCUUGUCAAGGGUAGCAAGAGCUUAGUCAACGGUACUGACCACGUCAUUGCUUCAUACUGUAUCGGAAACAAGACUGAUGGUACCAACAAGGGUGUUAUCGGGCUUCAAAGCCGACUUGCCAUCUCCGAAGAAGCCUACGCCAAGCUUGCCGAACGUGACUCGGUCAACUCUACCAGCAACGGUACUCAACUCUACGACUUGACCGAAUACGUCGUCGAGAACAGCACCGCUGACCUCGGAUUCACCGGUCUCGAGCUUCCCGACGUCCCCUACAACCUCGAUGACAGCGAACUUGAGGGCUACUGGUACAGCACCCUUAGCUUGAACGGUUCCGCCGGAGAAUACACUCUUGCGGUUUGCGACGACGGCAACCUAUACGUCCAGAAGAACGGUACUCAGAACUCGCUUCCUUACUACGACACUUGCAACACUCUCUGGUCUGGAUUCGAGGACGUCGUCUUGACUACCCCUAACAGCGGUGUUCUCCACUACUACAACAACACCAUGUCCAAGGUCGGUGUCAGUCGUUUGCGUGCCGCUGACGAGGAGAGUAUACCUGCUACUUCCGUCUAUGUUGCUCUUGCUCCCUUCUACUAUACCGACGACGAGAGCGACGACGCCCCUAGCAUGCUCGCCGCUAUUGACCCCAACAACGACAUCUUCUUCCCCGUAGUCUGCACAUACAAGAACACGACCGCAGGCGCCAAAGUGUACCUCGUCAACGAGGACGUCGACGCCGGUCUCGCGAUGCUCAAGUCCCCGGAUAUCGAGUACAGUAUCACCAACGGUGAGGUCGACGAAUGCUACGUUCUCUUCCUCGAAGUCACCGACCGCGUCGAUGGCGGAUGGGCCGAGUACGACGACGACGCUGAGGAAGAAUACGAUGAGAGCCCCAUCGAGCUCGAGUUCGAUGAUUCGCUUGUUGAUGAUGAGGGUGAUCUGACGCUUAGCAGCAACAACACUCUCCCCUACCAGGAUGAGGAGAUGGUCGAUGACUUCGAUGCGGUUUUCGAAGAGGAUGAUGAGGCUGAAGAUUGGGAUCAGGACUCGGAUUAUGAAGAUACUUUUGGUGACUACUACGAUGUCAUCGAUGAUGAUGAGGAUAGCUCUUAAGCGAUUAAUUUUUCCAGGGAUGGGAUUUGUUGAUUGAGUCAAGGAAAAGUUGGCUCAAAUACAUGACUAAUUAGAAGUAUCUACGAUUCUUGUAUGUUUAUUGUACGAAUAAGCACUUAAAAUAGGGGGAAAGCGGGAUUCG